AAAGGUGCUUUUUUGUCGGGAAAAGAAAAGUGGAAACAGGAGAGGUGCUGGGAUCUCAUUUCUCUGGAGUCAGGACUUGACUCUGCUGCACUACGGAUCUCACAUAUCUAGAAUCUGUUCCAACAUCCCCAAAAGCUAUCUUCAACCAAAAAGAGUCCACUUGUCCUCUUUCUUUGUUUGUUUCAUUCCCAAUUCCCAAUUCCCAAUUCCACACUUCACAUUGUCUGCACCAACAUGUUGUGUUUCACCCCUGUUCAAUCCAAACCCACUCCCACUCCCACUUCCGGCACCAUUAAUCAUUGUCCUUUACUACCCCACCAACGAAUCCAUCACCAUCACCAUCACCCCUCUUCCAAUUAUCGCCUCCGCAUUCGUGCCAUUGACGCUGCCCAGCCAUACGACUACGAGUCACGUGUCUCCAAUCAAUUCGCUCAAUCCAACAAACUCAAAAUCGCCAUUAUUGGUUUUGGUAACUUUGGCCAAUUCCUCGCUAAAGCUUUCCUCCGUCAAGGCCAUUCUGUUCUCUCUCAUUCCCGUACUGAUUACUCUCACAUUUCUCAAUCCCUUGGCAUUUCCUUCUUCCAAGAUCCACAUGACCUUUGUGAACAACACCCUGAUGUUAUCCUCCUUUCUACUUCCAUCAUUUCCACUGAACCCGUCCUUCGUUCCCUCCCUAUUCAAAGACUUAAACGCAACACCCUUUUCGUUGACGUUUUAUCUGUAAAAGAAUUCCCUAAGGAUAUUUUCCUCCAAGUAUUGCCUUCCCAUUUCGAUAUUCUUUGUACUCAUCCUAUGUUUGGUCCUGAAAGUGGUAAACAAACUUGGAAAGAUUUGCCUUUUGUGUAUGAUAAAAUUCGUAUCGGUGAAGGGGAGUCGAGAGUAUCGAGGGUUGAUAGGUUCUUGGAUAUAUUCGAGAAAGAAGGUUGUAGAAUGGUGGAAAUGACGUGUGCUGAGCAUGAUAAGUAUGCUGCUGGUUCACAGUUUAUUACGCAUACUAUGGGGAGAGUGUUGGAGAAGUUGGAUUUAGAGACAACACCUAUUAAUACAAAAGGGUAUGAGACUUUGUUGAAUUUGGUGGAUAAUACUUCCGGCGAUAGUUUUGAUUUGUACUAUGGGUUGUUUAUGUACAAUAAGAACGCGAUGGAGCAGUUGGAGAGACUUGAUUUGGCAUUUGAGUCGUUGAAGAAGGAGUUAUUUGGUCAUUUACAUGAAGUGUUGAGAAGGCAAUUGUUUGGGAAGGUGGAGGAAGAAGGACAGAGGCGUGUCUUGUCAAAGUUGCCCAAGAAUGGGCACGCGUUGCCACCUCCUUCCACCGAUGCUAUCAACAAUUAGGAAAAUACCGAGAUAUUACUAGUGAUAUAUUGCUUGAAUGGAUACACAAUCAAGUAGUUAUUCAGUCUGAGCAUUCUGAGUAUGCUGAAAGGGAAGAAUCGUGAGCAGCUCUUUUGUUUGUCAGGAAAACAUAGUUAUAGAGGAGCGGAUUUGGUUAGAUGUUGAAGAUAAUGUAAUGUCAAAACCAGUUAUUCUCUAGUUGGUGAUUACUUUAUAAAGGCAUUCAGCAUCUCAUGCGCUUUUUGUUGUAAGAUGAUUUUUUUUGCCUAAUUCUUUAUGAUGGCGUGUUACAUUUGAAUGAAUGAAAUAAUGUCACUAUCUAUUUGCGUCAA